CACUGGUAGUGUUGGCUAGCACGCCACAACAAGUGGGCACGCUUCGUAGUGAAUGACAAAAGAUCCAGAAGAAGACUAUCUUCACGUGUUCUUGUUUUAAGUUGGUUUUGAUUCCGGUUAUCCUCGUUUAAAAUGGCUCUAAAAAGGUUGAAGACCAAGAAAUCCAAGAGGCUGACCGGCCGCUUAAAGCACAAGAUCGAAAAGAAGGUGCGCGACCACAACAAAAAGGAACGUCGCGCAGCCAAGAAGAAUCCGAAGAAGGGUAGCAAGAAACAGAAGCUCAUCCAGAUCCCGAACAUCUGCCCCUUCAAGGAUGACAUCCUCAAGGAGGUGGAGGAGGCAAAGCAGCGCCAGGAGGCCGAGCGUUUGGCUCGCCGCGAAGCCUUUAAGGUCGAACGCGAACAGAACAAAUUCAAGACCCUGGAGUCCAUGGUCGAGGAUGCAGACAUGCGAAGCACUGUGCACGGAAUAAUGCACGAAAACGAUGCCCAGGAUCAGGACGAAAAGAAGUACAAAAACGCUGUGACCAAGGAGCAGUCGUUGAAGCAGUACUUCAAGGAAUUCCGUAAGGUAAUAGAAAACGCCGACGUUGUCCUUGAGGUGGUUGACGCACGUGACCCCCUGGGGACCCGCUGCAAUGAGGUUGAGCGUGCCGUUCGCGGUGCUCCGGGCAACAAGCGACUGGUCCUGGUGCUUAACAAGGCCGACCUGGUGCCGCGAGAGAAUCUGAACAACUGGAUCAAGUACUUCCGCCGCAGCGGACCCGUCACCGCCUUCAAGGCUUCCACACAGGAUCAGGCCAACCGUCUGGGACGCCGCAAACUGCGCGAGAUGAAGACCGAGAAGGCCAUGCAGGGUUCUGUCUGCAUUGGCGCCGAGUUGCUUAUGUCCAUGCUGGGCAACUAUUGCCGCAACAAGGGCAUCAAGACCUCGAUUCGCGUUGGCGUCGUUGGAAUUCCAAAUGUAGGCAAGAGCUCCAUCAUAAACUCGUUGACCCGCGGUAGGUCGUGCAUGGUAGGCAGCACACCAGGAGUGACCAAGUCAAUGCAGGAAGUAGAGCUGGAUUCCAAGAUCAAACUGAUUGAUUGUCCUGGAAUCGUAUUUACCAGCGGAGGUGAAAACUCUCAUGCAGUGCUGAAGAAUGCACAGCGUGUAGGUGAUGUAAAGGAUCCCUUUACCAUUGCCGAGAGCGUGUUGAAGCGUGCCAGCAAGGAAUAUUUCUGCACGAUGUACGAUAUUACAAACUACGACACAUUCGAGGAAUUCUUCGCCAAAAAGGCAGCCAGAAUGGGAAAAUUUCUUAAAAAGGGAGUGCCGGAUGUUGUGGCCGCAGCAAGAAGCGUGCUAAAUGAUUGGAACACGGGCAAAAUUAAAUACUGUACACAGCCUCCAGAAGUUAAGGAAGAACAAAGUGUGCACAUAAGUGCUUCGAUAGUACACUCAGAGGCUCGCGAGUUUGAUGUGGAAAACUUUGAGUCCAUGGAAACGGAAAUCCUAGAGCACUGCGCUGUGAAAACUGAUGACAUUAUGGAGAUAACGUCUACCGGGCCUCUAGAGAUUAGACAACCGCGUGAGGAAGCGGAACCUGCAGAUAAAAUAACUGCCAGCUUGGUCAUAGACGAGAAGGAAAAGCCCGCAAAGGGUCGGAAACGAAAGCUAGAUGAGGAAAAGGAGAAGGUUGAUCCCAGCCUGCUCUUAGAAGAAAACCAAUCCCUCAAUAAAAGCAUCAAACAACAGCAAAAGCUUAAAAAGAAACAAAAUGUCCGCAACGAGAAGAAAAUCUCCAAAAUUACAGACGUUCUGGAUAGCUUUAGCUUAGGUUCAUCCUCUUCCAAGGCAGAGAAAUACGAUUUUGAUGAGGACUAUGUGAUUGAGUAAAUUCUGCCUUAGUUUUAAUAAUUAAAUAAAUCUGUUGAUAAUACACUAUAAUAUAGAAGGGUGUAAAGUCUCUGGAAAACUA